CUUUUACUCAAAAAUUGAAUAGAAAAAACGCAAGAGACCUAUUUUUGUAAAAAUCUAUGAAAUUUAGAAUUGUGUGGCUGAAAGUGGUAAAUACCAACAGCUAUAAUAGUUAGGGUACUUUUUACCCCUUUAAAGAGGUGUACCUCCCUUGCGUAGCAUUUUUCGAUGUUCAUAGGAAACUUUUAUCUUACAAUUAAAUAUUCUAUCACCUGCUUAAAUUUGUAACAAUAAAAACGGAACACUUGUAUAUUUGCAAAUAAUAAAAAAAUCCAACAUAAAAUUGCCUUUCGAUACCUACGUAAUAGUGUACCUUCUGCAAUUACAAUGCGAUAAGCAUUUAUCAUUUUAUGUUCUACUUGGGGUAUAACACUGACGAAAAGUGAAACACUUUCAACAGCUUCUAUUAAAGAUGAGAAUAAACCAACUCUGAUAGAUAAAUCUAAAUACUCGUAAUUAUCAUUGUUAGAACUCCUGAAUGAAUAUAAUAGAAGCAUAAUCGGUCAUCAGUUCAUUAAAAAACUGUCGUCACAAUGRAAGAAAAAUAUAAUAUGGCCAAAAAUAUCUACAUCGUGUCCGUAGAUGACGAAACUAAAGUAAAAACUACAGAACCGGCUGAUUUUGAAACAGCAAUUUCAGCCACCGGUUUUGGAUAUUACAAUUUAUUUUUAAUCCUCAUCUCAAUUCCUGUAGGAUGGUCUUCUAUGUUUGAAACGACCACAAUGUCGUAUGUUUUURCAGCCGCACAAUGCGACCUUGACUUAAGUUUAGAUGAUAAAGGAAUGUUAAACGCAAUUACUUACUUAGGAAUGAUUUCAAGUGCCUUAGUAUGGGGAUUUCUUUAUGAUACUYUAGGAAGAAAAAGAUUAUUAAUGGUUGGCUUUUUCUUAGACGCUGUUUUUGUAYUGAGUAGCAGUUUUUCCCAAAGUAAAACCGUUCUAAUGGUUUGCAAAUAUUUUGGCGGUUUUAUAAUAAACGGCCCAUUUGCUGCUCUCACAGCCUAUAUUUCGGAAUUCCAUUGUUCGAAAUAUAGAGCAAGAAUGCAGUUAGUACUUGGAACUAUUUUUAGUUGUGGAAGUGUAGUUUUGCCACUCUUAGCAUGGGCUGUCUUACCCCAAAAUUAUUACUUUUCACUUUUUAACAAAACACUUGAAUUUCAUUCGUGGAACAUUUAUCUUUUCAUAUGUGGCUUCCCYGCUUUGUUUAGUACCGUAAUAUUUAUUUUCAUGCCUGAAAGUCCAAAAUUUUUAAUGACGGUGGGUCAAAACGACAAAGCACUUAAAGUGUUUCAAAAAAUCUACAGUGUAAAUAGCAGGAAUCCUCCUGAAAAUUUUCCGAUAAAACAACUAGUUGACGAAAUUGAACUGAARAAAAACUGUCAAGACAAGCACACCACUCAAGURACWGCUAAUAGGACUAAAAUUCAAGCUCUCAAAGARGGGUGGCAACAAUUAAAACCCUUGUUUUUUCCACCACAUUUACCAAACAUCGUCCUCGUAUGUCUCCUUCAAACAUUAUUUACGAUGAGUUUAAAUACUUUGAGACUUUGGUUACCGCAAAUUUUUCAAGCCAUCAAUGACUACAAAUACUACCACCACAACGACUCUAAUGCUGAUCUUUGUGAAAUGUUAGAAAUGAUUCAGCCAGCAAGUACUUUAGGGGAAUGCGCUGUUAAUCUCAACAAUUCCUCAGUUUAUGUUAACACCAUAAUUAUUUCUUCUGUCAGUGCUACUAGUUACAUCUUUGCCGGUUAUUUUAUCAAUAUUCUAGGCAAGAAAAAACUAAUGAGUAUUUUGGGUUUAUUGGGAGGGUCCUGUGCAUUUUCAAUUUAUUUUUCCACAAAUACAGCAAUGACAGUAGCAUUUGCUUCAAUCUUUACAGCGUCAUCAAGUAUUGCCUCAAAUGUUGUCCUAACAGUUUGCAUUGACUUAUUUCCCACUACUUUAAGAACGAUGACAGUAUCGUUAUCAAUGAUGUUGGCUCGAAGUGGGGCAAUGAUUGGGAAUUUAAUUUUUCCCUUGUUACUCCAAACAGGAUGUGCGCCUCCGUUCUUCACAAUCGGUUCUAUAACUUUUGUGUGUGCUUUCGUUGCAAUGUUGUUACCAAACACUGACCUAAAAGCCUUGGAAUGCGACUUAAGUUUAACCCUAGAAAAUAAAGGAUUUCUUAACGCUAUUACUUACAUCGGAAUGAUAUCAAGUGCGUUCGUUUGGGGGUUUUUAUGCGACACCCUCGGCAGGAAAAAACUCCUCGCAAUCGGUUUAUUCCUCGAUGGAAUUUUCGUUCUAAUGAGUGCAUCAUCGCAAAACGCAACUGUUCUUAUAAUCGCCAAAUUUCUAGGAGGUUUCAUAAUCAAUGGACCUUUCGCGGCACUUACAACUUACCUAUCUGAAUUUCACUGUGCAAGACACAGAGCAAGGGUCCAGAUGAUGUUAGGGAUAGUCUUUAGUUUAGGAACUGUGGUAUUGCCGUUUGUGGCAUGGGCAGUUUUACCUCUCAAUCUCAAUGUUAAAAUUUUUAACAAUAGUGUAGAAUUCCAUUCGUGGAAUUUGUAUUUGUGCUUAUGUGCCUUUCCGGCUUUGAUCAGUUCGAUUGCUUUUAUUUUUAUGCCGGAAAGUCCAAAAUUUUUGAUGACAAUGGGACGGAAUGAAAAGGCUUUAGAAGUUUUCAGGAAAGUUUACUGUUUUAAUACAGGAAAUGCGCCUGAAACGUUUCCGAUCAAAGAAUUAGUCGAGGAAACAAAACUGAAUAAUGACUCAAAACACGGGGGCAGAAUCACUGCCAACAGGACGAAACUACAAGCGAUGAAAGAAGGGUGGCAACAGAUGACUCCUCUGUUUUUUCCUCCUCAUUUAGGAAAAAUCCUUUUAGUUUGUUUGUUACAAAUGUUGACAAUGAUGAGUCUUAAUACUUUACGCCUUUGGCUUCCACAAAUCUUCCAAGCGAUCAAUGAUUAUCAAUAUUACAACAACGGAUCGACUACUGAUCUUUGUACAAUGAUUGAGCAAAUCAGGCCUAACAAUAAAUCACAGGAAUGCGAAGUGAAUUUAAACAACUCGUCUGUUUACAUCAACUCAAUUAUUGUGGCAGUUGUCUCAAUUGGUGGUUACAUUAUUGCCGGAAUGUUAAUCAAUGCUUUAGGCAAGAAGAGACUUUUAAAUAUAUUAGGAAUAUUUUCUGGUACAAGUGCGAUGUGUUUGUACUUUGCACCAAAUUCACUAUCAACAAUAAUUUUAUCGUGUCUUUUUGUCUCCCUGGGCAGUAUUAAUAUAAAUGUGGUCCUUGCCGUKGUUGUUGAUCUUUUUCCAACGACUUUACGAACAAUGACCAUUUCUUUAACAAUGAUGAUUGGGCGAUCAGGUGCAAUGAUGGGUAACUUAGUAUUUCCAAUUUUGCUACAAUUAGGGUGUGCACCACCUUUCUUUACUGUGGGAGCUGCAAUUGUUGGCUGUGCUUUCUUAGCGUGUCUUUUACCAAAUACAGACCUGAAAGCUCUACAGUAGGAUUUUUAAGACAAACUGUGGUACCAAAUAUUUUUAGCAAUACUGUUACUUUGUUAUAUAUUUACAAAUAAUAAAAAAAUCAACAUUAAAUUGGC